AUCUCCUUCCAUGGCCAAUGAUGUCAAUUUGCCACUGAUUUUGUAUCAUUUAGAUCUGAAGUUGGGAAUUAGUGAAAAGAGCAUCUUUCACGAAUUCCAUCCAGAUGCAGAGGACUUGUUCAAUGUCACAUGCGAUUUGAAACUAGUUUGUGAAAAGUUGAGGGACAGAUGUCAACGGCAUAAACGCCAGGUUCAUUUCUUUUUGCAGAGUGCGCACUGGAGUUGGGACACUGUUUUCUGUUGUACCUUUUGUUUUAUUACACUGUGCCCUAUUUGCUACAUAUAAUCCUUUUCCAUGUAGGACUGUUAAGAAUGGUUUUCUUGCGUGUUGCACCUUAUCUUGUGAAAAAUGUACAGUAUUUUACUUUUGGCGACUGUCUGAGUUGCAACAGAUAUAUAU